AGAUUGGCAACUGAAAAAUAUGUGUGUUUUAAAUAUUUUUCAAUGUUUUGACGUAUAUAUGUAUAUUUAACUUCGUCUCAUUUCGUGUGUAUUUCCGUGAUCAGUCAUACAAUAUCAGCAUAAGCAUGGGCAAUUGAAAAGUCAGUUCGGUUUGAAAUUUUUUCGAAAAUGAAUCUUACGUAUUUUGUGAUAUUCGCUCUUCUGAGCAUCGUAGGUGCCGCUCCAACCAACGAUCUUGAACACGAUUUGAGAAAAGCUGUGGAGGACGCUCUAAUACUCAUCAAUAAGGAUGAGAUAAGAAUUAUGAUUACCUUAGCUAAAUCAAUUGUGUCUCAUAACAUUGCUCCUAAAAAGGAAAUUGAUCAGUGGCAGUCAUAUUCCGAAAAGAUAAGCACUUGGAAUGUUACCUUCACUAGAGAUCAUGCUCGACUAGAAGAAACUGAGUUACCUAAAUUUUCAAAGGCGAAACUAGAUCAGUAUACAAAUGGGGAAUAUUCAAAUUUUAAAUCUGAGUUUGAUGCUCUAAGAGCUCAACGAUAUGCGACAUGUAAGGUGAACGCAAUGGAAAUUCUAGAAGCAGCAAAGAAAUCAGGAGUCACACAUACUCUCAUAGAUUACAUAUCAAAACUUAAAGAUCUAACAAACGAAAGGUUUGUCAUUGAAAUGUGCAUUAAUCUCAAUAUAAAAUUGUAA